AAUGGUGAAAUCUACUGUUAGGGACAGUACUAAAUAUGGGAUUUAAAAGCUGGAUUUUUCUCAUGAUGUUGGUUGAUUCAGGAGAAACUUUUACAGAAGAUAAGCCUUGUGAUUUGCCACUCAUAGAAAAUGGGAAGAUAGCCCAGUAUUAUUAUAGUUUUAAAAGUUACUAUUUUCCAAUGAGUAAAGAAAAAAAGCUUUACUACAGCUGCCUGGCGGGCUAUACAACUGAAUCUGGAAGUCAAGAUGGAAGAAUAACAUGCACAGAAGGAGGAUGGUCACCAGCACCCAACUGUUACAAAAAAUGCAGCAAACCCCUGUUGGAAAAUGGCAUCUUCUUAGAUACAAAAGUGUCCUACAAAAUACAGGAACAAUUGCAAUACAGAUGCGCUUCUGGUUAUCAAACUCCAGGAGGUAAUACUGAAGAAUUAGUGUACUGCCUUCCAGAAGGAUGGUCUUCUCAUCCAAGCUGCGCUAAAAAGUUUGAGAGCUGUUUAGUACCAGACUUGCAUCAUGGCCGCUACUCAACUACCCAGCGAAUCCUCAAACUGAAUGAAACACUGAUAUACGAAUGUGACGAGGGAUACCACACCACAGGAGGAAAUACUUCUGAAGAGGCAGUCUGUCGGACAUUUGGAUGGUCCCUCACCCCGAACUGCAGUAAAGUAACAUGCUCCUUGUUAAGCAAGAUAGAACAUGGGAAUUUCCAUCCCAUGAAGAAAAGCUAUGAAGAAGGAGACGUGGUUCAGUUUUUGUGUCAGAAAAAUUACUCUGUGAAAGGAUCUGAUUUAAUUCAGUGUUACGACUUUGGAUGGUAUCCAGAGCCUCCAAUAUGUGAAGAUAGAAGAAAUAAAUGCCCUCCUCCACCUCAGCCUCCCAAUGUUAAUAUACUCACAGAUUUAAGAACAUACUAUAGUGGAGACAAAGUACAUUUGGCUUGUCAGCUUAAUUUUGCAAUGAGAGGAUCAGACGAAAUCCGGUGUGAGAAUGGAAAAUGGACUUCACCCCCAAGUUGCAUUGAAGCCAAAGAAAAAAGACCAUGUGAUCAGCCACCUCCUAUUGAGAAGGGUACAGCAAUAACUGAGGACAAGGUAUAUUACACAGGGGAGACUGUUAGAUACAGAUGUAAUCAUGGCUACAGUACAAAUGGAUCAAACGAAAUAACUUGUAUAAUGGGAAAAUGGACAUCACUUCCUAAAUGUAUUGAAAUAAGGGAAACAUGCCCCUCUCCACCUCCAAUUAAAAAUGGUGCUACUUUUGGACCGUUAUUGACAAGCUACCCAACAGGUUCCUCAGUGAAAUACAAAUGCCAACGGUACCACAUAAUGGAGGGUCCUGAAACUGUUCAUUGUGUACAAGGAAAAUGGACAACUCAGCCAACUUGUUUAGAACCGUGCACUCUCAGUGUGGAUGACAUGAGCCAUAACAACAUAGAGAUGAAAUGGAGAUUGGAAGGAGAGGUAUUUUUCCUUCAUGGUGACACCAUAGAUUUUGUAUGUAAACAAGGAUACUAUUUGUCACCCUUCAGCAUGCAGUCUCAGCUAACAGUACAGUGUACCCAGGGAAAACUGAGAUAUCCAACAUGCAUUAUGAAAGAUCCCAAGGAAAAAUGUGGCUCCCCACCUGUUAUUGAGAAUGGAGAUGUUGUUGACCCACGGCGGACCGAAUAUGAGAGUGAUUCUUCAGUUGAAUAUAGUUGUUUUGAGCAUUAUUUCUUACAAGGAGCCAAUCAAAUCUAUUGUUCCAAGGGACAAUGGACUACCCCACCAGACUGCAUAGAGCCAUGCACUUUAUCGAAGGAUGUAAUGGACAAAAAUAACUUAAUAUUGAGAUGGAGUUUUGAUGAUAAGUCUUAUUUUUUCCACGGGGACUACAUUGAAUUUCUAUGUAAAGAGAAUAAUUAUGGAGCACCAUCAAGUUCAGUGCUGGAUUUCAGAGUACAGUGUAGCAGAGGACAGCUGACCUAUCCAAGAUGUGUUGAGAGAGGAAGGUAAGCAGUCUACAACAUAAAUGAUGCUUCAAGGAAUGUGAAGGAGGUCACAUUUUCUUUAGACAUCCAUAAAUGUUACUAAAGUUACAAGUUAGUUAAAGACAAAGUGUUUGACAUUUGAUCCCACUUAAAAUUUAUGAAAUGUGUAUUUGCAUUGGAUAUUUUCUUGGUUUGUGAACCUUACAUUAAAAAAGUCACAAAAAAGCUUUAUUUUGUCUUUCAAUCUUGUAUUGGUAAUUCAGCCCAUUUUCAAUUCCCUAAAAUUGUCCAUAGUCCAUGUACUUUCUAUGCACAACUUGUAACACAUGAGCAUUGGAUUGUCCCCUGAACUUGUAGCCAGACAAGAACCGCCCCUGUAACAUCCAUUUUUGCUUGCCUGAAGCAUGCAGGGCACACAGAGCAGAAAGCCUUGAACAGGAGGCUCAGUAUAUGGCAGGCUGUGUCACCGUGAAUGGCUGUAAACAGAGAUACGCCAAUUGCUGACCAAGAGGCUGCCGAGGAGUGCCCUUGACUAAAACCCAUAUUGAUAUGAACACACAGCCAUCCACGGGGAGAGGACUCUCUCGUCCAGUAAAAAAAAAUGUACUCAUAAUUUAGCUAUCUCUUGCA